AUGGAAUACGGGGAGAUCAUCGGAGCCGUGCAGCAUGUCGCCUCCUGUGCCGGCAGCUUGCGGCUGGUGAAUUGCGUCGGCGCCGAUCGUGCUCAGUCCUUUGAGCGCCAGGUCCGGGAAACUCUGGAUCUGCUUGAAGGAACGGAUGCCGUCACGGUGCCACAGGCCAUCGCGCUGGUGUGCCAACUGGCCCUGGACUGCAUAGGGUUGACCAACGCGGUAGACCUGGAGUUGGCUUCGCACAUGACGGAGUGCUUUGACCAGAGCCUGGUCGUGUGGGGCUUCAGUGUUGAGCUGGCCAGGGCCAUUGCCAUGAGCCUCGCCGCGGUGGCGGGGCUGCUGUCACUGGGCAGCCACGACAUGAGCAUCCCGAGCCACCGCUACGCGAAGCGUGCCCAGAUCGCCCCGUAUCUUGAACCGGUGGCCGCGGACUUUGACAUGAUCUCCAUGCAGGUCUACGGGGCCCUCUGCCGAUUCGAGGCUGAAGCAAGCAGUGAGGAAGAGAGACAGCUGCAGAGCUCCUUUCAGCUGAUCUGUGUUUGGAUCCUCACUAUCCUGUCCCGCUUCGAGGGCGGUCGCCUGGAGCCCGCUUCCUUGUGGGAGUGGGCCAACGGGGACCCCCAGUGGGCCCUGGUCCUCAGCAAGGGCGUGCUCAGUUCCAGCUCCGAGAGCUCCGAGGACCUCCCCCACGAGCUCCCGGAGCUAAAGAACGCGGUGCUGCUGGCGCUUUGCGGUCUGCCGUCCCCAGACAUCGCCUUCGGUGGCGAACUGGAGGCCGAUGUCAUCGCCGACGACUUGGGUGUGAUCGGAUGCUUUUCCAUGCAAGAGCGGCUCGUCGGUCUGGAUCUGCACCGAAGUCGUUUGGCACUGGCUGCCUGCGACUCGUCGCUGCUGAAGCCGUUGCUGGACCACGCAGAGGUGUCUUCACAGAAAACCGAGUGCGUAAAGGCGCUCGUGGCGUUUGUUGCAGCACUUGCCAAGCCGGUUCAAAGCCAAGCCGGUGCCUGGGCGGAUGUCAUCGCAGAGGUGAACACGGACACUGGCAUCAGCAAUCAGGCGGAUGCCGCCGGAGUCAUCGACGCCUUCGUGGCGGAGGCAGCUGGCUACGACAGGAGUCUUUGGGCCUUGGUCUUCGGCCUGGCGCCAGAGGACUUGGAGCUUCGCUGGCUUUCCGAGAUGGCGCUGCUCUCCGCGUUGCUGCCUCCGCCGGCCUUGGAAGCCUCGGAAGCGCUGGCGUCCUGGCUCUCCGCCUCUUCGUCCCCUUCUCGCGCUAACCGGUCGUCCCCUUCUUGGACGGCCAUCUGGGUGGCCUUCGCUGCGGGAGCGGGCCUGGAGCCGGAGGAGUCUCAUGAAGGAGCCCGGGAGCUGCGUUCGGUGCUCUCGCGCCUUGCUGACAGGGAGCGCGCCCAAGUCACCCAGCACUUGGCCAGGUCUCGCGCUCCCGUGCGACGGCCGGAGACAUGGGAGCGCUGGUACUCCUGCGUCGGUGCCAGUGCGGCUGCGACCUCUGACAUCCCGGCGCCGCCGCCUCCGCCGCCACCCUCGGUGCAGCCGGUGCCCGCGGUGCCCGCAGCACCCACGCCGCCGGCGAGCAACAAAGCUUCGAUCGCAAAGCCCUCGGGGAAUCCGAGCCUCAGGGAGCGGCUCCGAGAUGCCCCCGCCGAGCUCUGUUGUCGGCUUGACGGAAAGCUGCUGGUGGAUCCAGUGCGCUCCCCCGCCGGCCACGUCUUCGAGAGGACGAACCUGGCGAAGGCCUUGCAAAGCACUGGCGGCCUCUGCCCACUGACUUCUGAGCCCCUGUGCUUGGAGGAGUGCCCCCGUGCGGCAGAGGUCCGCCUCCAGGCGACGCAGUGGGUGCGGAGUGCAGGGCGUGGGCAAAGGUGA